CUGAAGCUAAAAGUCUAAAGUGACGGAUGUCUAAAAUGAUAUCGCAAUGACUUUAAUUUAUUUAUUACAAUAUUCACAUUAAAUUAAUAAUUUAAAUACAUAAAUAAUAAAAUAAUUAGUAAUAUUUAGUUAUAUAAUUAAAAAAAAGUUUUUUAUUGAUUUAAAAAAUGGAGGAAGCUAAAUUUUUAAAAAGAAAAGUACGAUCAGGAAGUUUAGAUGUCCACCCAACUGAAAAAGCUCUGGUAGUAAACUACGACGUAGAAGCUUUAAUCCUCGGUGAACUUGGAGACCCGAUGCUGGGAGAUCGCAAAGAAUGUCAGAAAAUAAUCCGCCUGAAGAGUUUGAAUGCAGACACAAACGUCUCGCUUCUCGCCAAAGAAGUCAUGGAAAAAUGUUCCCUCAUCCACGAGUCAAAGCUUCACGAAGUAGAGCAGCUGAUUUACUAUCUCCAGAACCGUAAAAUAAACGAGGACCAGCCGUCGCGACCUGUGUCCUCCACCAAUUCGGACACCGACGAGCGCGCGGUGAUAAGUAACGUCGACAGCUACAUCGAGUUACUCUACGAAGAAAUACCCGACAAAAUAAAGGGAUCGGCUUUGAUACUCCAGCUGGCGCGUAUUCCUGACAACUUAUUGGAGUUGACUAAAAACGAGUCUCUCCUCAGCGCACUGGCGCGAGUUCUCCGCGAGGAUUGGCGUCGCAGCAUCGAACUCUCUACCAACAUCGUCUACAUAUUUUUCUGCUUCUCCACGUAUACGCAAUUCCACAGCAUAAUUCUUGAGUACCGCAUCGGCUCGCUCUGCAUGGAAAUUAUUGACUACGAGCUCCAGCGUUACGACCAAUGGCGCGACGAUAUGGAAAAACGCCGCCGUUAUUUUGAAACCACGACCGGUUUAGCUAUUUAUCCAUCAGUAACUUCUAUUUCUUCUUCAACAAAUGCAACUGACGCUGAUAAAAAAAUUAAAAUAACUGAUGACAUCUGGACUACAGAGGCACCAUUGGACUACGAAUUGAAACGACGGUCAACGGAAGUAAAUUUCCACAUAACUGAUGCUGAGGUGAAACGUAUGAAAGAUGAUUUAGAAAAAUACCGGAAGAAAUUUAAAAAUUUGACUAAAAAACAAGAACAAUUAUUGCGCAUUGCUUUUUAUUUGCUGCUCAAUAUCGCGGAAAAUACAGACGUUGAGCGUAAAAUGCGUAAAAAAAAUGUAAUAUCCAUGAUCAUCAAGACACUUGAUCGCACUAACAAUGACCUGCUGAUUCUCAUAAUAACGUUUUUAAAAAAGCUAUCGAUAUUCCGCGAAAACAAGGACGUGAUGGCAAAUGAAAAUAUUAUUGAGAAGCUGCCACGUCUUCUGCAGAACAAUAAUAACAUUGAUUUAAUACUGAUCACACUAAAGUUAUUAUUCAAUUUGUCAUUUGAUUUAAAACUGCGCGGGAAAAUGAUCCGCGUGGGCUUGUUACCAAAACUGAUAAAACUUCUUGGGCAGAAUGAGAUUAAAAAUAAAACAACGAUCCUAGGGCUGCUGUAUCACUUGAGUAUGGAUGAUAAAGUAAAACUGAUGUUCAAUAAUACAGAGUGUACGCAGUUGAUAAUUGACAUGAUUUUAGAAGUAGACGACGACCGUUUCAAACGCGAACUGGUGGCAGUAGGAAUUAAUUUGUCUAUAAAUUAUAAAAAUUCACUGAUGAUGAUCGGGAAUAAUCGCCUGCAAGGUCUGAUACGCAAAGCGUUUCGUAAUCAGGACUCAUUGCUGAUGAAACUGAUACGAAAUAUUUCUCAACAUGAUGGACUGAAAGAUUACUUUGUUGAGUUUGUUGGUGACUUUGCUAUGGCGCUUACGCAAUCUGAUUCUCAGGACUUUAUUUUAGAACUGAUUGGUGUAAUGGGAAAUUUAGUUCUCCCGGAUUUAGACUAUGCUCAAAUAUUGCAGCGAUGCAAUUUGAUUCCUUGGAUCAGGAAUAAUUUGGUGGUGGGAAAGGCGCCAGAUGAUUUGAUUCUGGAGGUCGUUAUUUUAUUGGGCACUGCUGCUAGCGAUGAGGAUUGCGCGCGAUUAAUUUGCAAAGCCGACUUACUGCUGUCGUGCAUCGAGUUGCUGAAGGCGAAGCAAGAAGACGACGAGAUUGUGCUGCAAAUUAUUUAUGUUUUCUAUCAGAUCGCGAUGCAUGAGUCCACGCGAGACUAUUUGAUACGGGAAACUAACAAUGAGGCGCCGGGUUAUCUUAUUGAUUUGAUGCACGACAAGAAUCCUGCAAUCCGAAAAGUUUGCGACGCGUGUUUAGAUGUGAUUGCAAUGUGCGACAAGGAGUGGGCAGCGAGGAUAAAAGUCGAGAAGUUCAGGUCCCAUAAUCAGCAAUGGCUGGAGAUGGUUGAGUCUAUUGCUGUGGACAAUGCUAAUCAUUUGAUUGUUGAUGAUGAUGAGAGCUUGCCGCCUUAUUUGAAUGAUGAUUUGCUGAAGCACACGAUGCUGUUUCCAUCGGGUACUACUACGAGUUUCAGUACCGAUGAUAUGGAGAUGAGUGGGAUCAAGUCAACAGAUUCAGGAGAGUGUCAAAGUCGACCUGCUAGUCGAUACAGCCGUGACAUGGAUGACAUAAACGAUUUCUUGGCAAGAUCUAAAUCCCGAAUGUCCGUGGGCUCAGGUAUAGAAGACCUCUACCACAAUUCAAAAGUUAGAUUUUCCGAAGCUGAUUCUUCUCAUCUUCUAAUUUAAUUACUCAUUCUAUUCCGUUAGGUUUAAAAAAAAUACGCUUAUGUUUUAAGUACUUAAUUAAUAAUUUAAAAAAAAAAACUUAACUAAAAAGACGUCCAUUAGCAUGCAGAAUUAUAAAUUAGUGUGAACAAACGUAGUGCCUUUUUUAUUUACGAGGCCGUAAUUGCUUGCAUUUAAUUAUUUAAUGGCUCAAAAAUUAGCCUGAUCUCGUUUAGUCUGCGAUAAUUUCACUUAUUAAUUAUUUAUUAUUAAUUAUUAAAGCUUAGUAAAUAUAUAUAUAUGUAUACAUCGAUUAUUUAUCGUACUAGUCACUUAGUAAUUAACCAUACGUGUAAUGCACUUAUAAUUUGUGAUAAAAUUUCCAUUAUGAUAUAAAUUAUCAGCCUAAUUAAGUAAUUAAAUAAAAUAAAUUAGUGGAAGAUAAAAAUUUAUUUAUUUUUAGGUCGACUAUUUGAACUUAGACAUUUUUGUAUACUUAAAUCUCCGUUUGAUUUUAAAAUAAUUGUAUAAUUAUUAGUACCAUCGUUGUCAAUAAUUGCAUGCUCUUUUAAACCCCAACUUACUGGACUGUUAUCAAAACCUUGUACAUGUAAACUUCCCCAGUCAGAUACGUCCGUACUGUUAUUCGAAUUUAUAAAUUCUUUUAAGGUAUUUAAUAUUUUAAUUACUCUUGACCUUGUAAAAAAUCCACGAUACUCAAUGUAUAAAACAUCUUUUAUUACUGUUACGGAUUUAAUUGCACUAGAUGUAUUUAUUGAAUUGUCUCUGAAAAAUAAAUUUUUAUUAAUUGUA